CCACAGUAACCCUUCCUUCCCAGGAUGGAGGAGAUUGUUGUAGCAGGGAUAUCGGGCCGGCUUCCUGAGUCGGACAACCUGGAGGAAUUCUGGGAGAACCUCUUCAAUGGGGUUGACAUGGUAACAGAAGAUGACCGACGGUGGAAGCCAGGUGAGCCCCCGUGACCUUUCCAUGACCCGGAUGUGACUAUUAUGACCCACAAACAUCAGACUUGUUGCUGUUGUUUUUUCAAAUUCUUUGAACUCUGAAAUCCCAACAAGCUUUGGUAACUUUCAUUUUUACAUUUUAGUCAUUUAGCAGACGCUCUUAUCCAGAGCGACUUACAGCUACCUUGCAUCACAGUGUAUUCUGCUUCGUAAACCGAUGAGUAGCUCAUUGUAGCAUAAAUUGGGUUGCAGAUUUGAACCAAAAUCCACAUUGUAGACGAAUGUAUAAUUUGAACAUAAAGAAUGUGGGUGUACUGCCUAGUUAUGGAUGUUGCAUCAACCACAUGACAGGAAAUACCUCCCUUCCCUGGAAGAACAUUCUGACCACAGACCUGGUUAGCUGUACUUUGCAUCACCAUCAAUGGGAGUUCAAUGAGUAGAAUGCUGAAUGCUUCCUCCACAGUGUUUUACUGGCCCAUUCAGUCAGUGCCCAGCGUCCACUACCCACAUGAACACAAAGGAACCCUGGCUAGCGCUGUUGGCCGUUAGCUGUAAGAUGAGGCUCUGUGUGAGAGCUGCUCUGUAGUCUCUGAAGGCGUUUUGUGUCUGUCUGCUCUGCUGACGGGCUGGGUUGUUGGCACUGCUUCUCCUUCGUGGCAUGGCUUGCUUGGAUUCUCUCUCUCUCUAUUUCUCCCUCUUUCUUUCCUCUCUCUCGUUCUACCUUUCUCCCUUUUUUCUUCUUAGCCCCGUCUCACCUCCGUAGCGCGCUCUCUCUCUCUGUCUCUCUGUCUCUGUCUCUCUCUCUCUCUGUCUGUCUCGCUCUCACCUCCGUAGCUCUCGCUCUCUGUCUCUCUCUCACCUCCGUAGCUCUCUCUCACUUUCGCUCUCUGUCUCUCUCUCUCUUCCUCCCUCUCUCUCGCUCUCUCUCUCUGUGUCUCUCUCUCACCUCCGUAGCUCUCUCGCUCUCGCUCUCUGUCUCUCUCUCUCUGUCUCUCUCUCUCUCUUCCUCCCUCUCUCUCUCUCUGUCUCUCUCUCUUUCUCUCUCUCUCUCUGUGUCUCUGUCUCACCUCCGUAGCUCUGUCUGUCUGUCUGUCUGUCUCUCUGUCUCUCUCUCUCACCUCCGUAGCUCUCUCUCUCUCUGUUACUCCCUCGCUUGCUUGAUCUCUCCGUCUCUCUGUUCCUCUCUUUCCUCUCUGUGAAUAGCACCUCUCAUCAGUCAGUGCCUGGCAACCAGCUAAAGCUCGCAUUCAUGUGCAAAAAGGCCCUGGGCUGACGGCACCACAGGAGAGGAGGAAAAAUCAGGGAGUGGAGAAAAGAGGAGAGGAUAGGGCCUUAUAUGCUGUCUGUAUAGAAAUACUGAGAGGAUAGGGCUUUGUAUGCUGUCUGUAUAGAAAUACUGAGAGGAUAGGGCCUUGUAUGCUGUCUGUAUAGAAAUACUGAGAGGAUAGGGCUUUGUAUGCUGUCUGUAUAGAAAUACUGAGAGGAUAGGGCCUUGUAUGCUGUCUGUAUAGAAAUACUGAGAGGAUAGGGCCUUGUAUGCUGUCUGUAUAGAAAUACUGAGAGGAUAGGGCCUUGUAUGCUGUCUGUAUAGAAAUACUGAGAGGAAAAACGGUCCUGCUUUAGAUGCGUGUGAAACUAUGACAUGAAUUCAUUCAUUCAUUCACUAUUCCAGUCAUGUCACAUGAAUCUGUUCAGCUUAUCCAGUCAGUGACUGCAGGCAGAACCAUGCUGUCUGGGACACCCAGUGAUCCGGUUAUUAAUCCCUUAAUGAUCCAUGUGUCAUUCCCAUUCAUUCCCAGGUCUGUACGGUCUUCCCAAGAGGAACGGAAAGCUGAAGGAUAUCAGCCGGUUCGAUGCUGCGUUCUUCGGGGUCCAUCCCAAACAGGCCCACACCAUGGACCCUCAGCUCCGACUCAUGCUGGAGAUAGCCUACGAAGCCAUUGUAGACGGAGGUGAGGCGAGGAGAGGGGGGGAUGGAUGGAUGGAUGGAUGUGUAGAGAUACGUUUUAUUUGGGAAACUGUGUAAAUAGACACAGUAAAAUGUAUUUGUUUAUUUGGAUCCCUGUUAGCUGUUACUAUAACAGCUGCUGUUCCUGUCGUCCAUAGAUUACAUUAUCCACAUAUCAAACAGUUAAUGUUUAAACGUUCAUAGACCUGUGUGUGAGAUUAGUUUUUGUAAUGUGUGUUUACAGGUCUGAACCCGACAGAGCUGCGGGGCAGCAGGACAGGUGUUUACAUUGGGGUGAGCGGCUCGGAGGCGGGCGAGGCCUUCAGCAGAGACCCUGAGGAGUUGCUAGGAUACAGCAUGACGGGCUGCCAGCGUGCCAUGUUCGCCAACCGACUGUCCUACUUCUUCGACUUCAACGGUAUGACCUCAUCUAGCACGGCAGUGGCUUCUCUUAAGCAGUUUUGUCACAUUAUGGUAUCAGCUGUCUUCAAAAAGAUGAUCUACCCUUAACUCAACGUUCUCCAGUUUCUGAUCUCUUCAAUCACUCUCUCCAUCUGAUCGCUCAUCUACCUCCAGUCUCUCUCUUAUCUACAUCUCUCUCUCUCUAUUCUCUACUCUCUCUCUCUCUCCCCCUCCUCUCUCUCUCCAGCUCUCGCUCCAUCCUCUCUUCGCUCCGUACCUCCUCUCUCUCUUUCCAUCUAUCGCUAUCUCCCUCCUCUAUCUCUCGCUCCAUCCUCUCUCUCGCUCUCUUCCUCUCACUCCCAUCUCUCUCUCCACCUCUCCAUCUCUAUCUCCCCUCUCUCUCCCUCUCCAUCUCUCCAUCCAGGCCCCAGCACAGCCAUCGACACGGCCUGCUCCUCUAGCCUAUUGGCUUUGGAGAACGCCUUCAACGCCAUUCGCCAUGGACAAUGUGACUCUGCCCUGGUGGGCGGGGUCAACCUGCUGCUCAAGCCAAACACCUCGGUGCAGUUCAUGAAGCUGGGCAUGCUCAGUCCGGACGGAACCUGCAAGUCCUUUGACUCCUCAGGUAAGAGGGUGAGAGACCUGGGUUGUGUUCAGAAUGGCGCAAUGUACAGCAUUAAAUGUUGGAGAUAAAAUGCUUCUCAUGCAGAACACACACCCACAUACAGCAGCACUAUUUCCUGAUCCGGCCCUGAAAGCACACUAACAUUACUUCCUGGUGCGCUCCUCUAUGUGUUCCCCCAGGAAACGGGUACUGUCGUUCGGAGGCUGCGGUGGCGGUGCUGUUGACCAGACGCUCCAUGGCUAAGAGGGUGUACGCCACGGUACUCAACGCUGGUAACAACACUGACGGAUACAAGGAGCAGGGUGAGAGACUACACCCCAUUAUAGCGCGCCACUGAGGGUACUUGCCCAGCGCCACUAUCCACAAGGCACUGAGGUAGACCUUAAAAACCCAGCAUGGUUUCCCAGUCUUAUAUACACCUCCAGCACCUCUCUUAAACUUCUCCCAGAUCUAAAAGGAUUUUAUGAUUGUAAGCAACGUUGUUAUAUUUCUGCCUAACUCUCUGGUAGGUUACGUAUAGUUUCCACAAAAAUGUACUGUAAAUGCCAAGCAGUAACCCAGUAUAAACAUUAUUUUCAUGGAGAAACACAAUUCCCUUGGUGGCCUCUGUUGCAUUUCCCAUAAUCCCUUUUGGUCUAUUGUCCAAUAGGUUGUGAGGCCUCACUGACCCACCCACUGUUUUCCUGACUCCCCAGUGUAGCUCUGCUGUUAUCUGUGGUGUAAUCUAGAUAAUACCCAGGCAGUGCCAGCUCCAACUCUUAUACAGACAGAUUGAUGAGGGGAGUGUAAUAGAGAUUCCCUGUCAUUCCUCACACGCUUAGCGCUGCAGGCCUGUAUUUCUACAGAGCUGGCUGUAGAGGGGGACACAUUCUCUGGAGUGUGACACUGGAACACACAGCUUCUGGAUCCCACAGUGGCUGGUCAGCAUUUUUAGGAUGUUCCGUACCACACUUCACCUCCCUCUGCUCUGGUAGUCUGUCAGACUGGUGAUCCAGUCACAACAUACUGGCCUGCCGUGUUUAGAAGGCCAGGCAGGAAACCCUGGGCUAAUGUCCCCAUAAAGUGACACAGCACUUAGCCGCUCCGGGGUGAUGUUUCCCACAGAUACAGAUCUAGUAUCAGCAUCCCCUUCCUCAAGCCUUUACCAUUAGUGAGGAAAAUGCCAAACUGAGCCGAGAUCAGCAUCCAGGGGCAACCUUAUCCUACACCGCUCUUAGCCACUCAUGGUACUGCAUGUGGGUGACAUCUGUUUUACAACAUUACAUAAAGGUUCUCUGAAUGGCUACAGAAAAUAUAAAUUAAUUGAUUGACGUGUUUGUCCAAGGUGUGACGUUCCCUUCAGGUGAGAUGCAGCAACGGCUGGUACGUUCUCUCUACCAGGAGGUCAACAUCACGCCUGACCAGGUGGAGUACAUCGAGGCCCACGGCACCGGGACCAAGGUGAACACACAGACACUUGAUUCAUUGUUGUUACCACACCCAAUAACGGCAUUUUCCAGAAUGUUCUGUGGACGGAGUUCUGUCACAUUCCUCCCCCUGAUACAUCGGGUUCCCUCAGUAUCUGGUUCCCCUGGUGACCUCAGUCCUUUCUCCUUCCAGGUCGGCGACCCACAGGAAGUGAAUGGCAUUGUCAGUGUGUUCUGUCAAUCAAAGCGUGACCCACUGCUCAUUGGGUCCACCAAGUCCAACAUGGGCCACCCAGAGCCUGCCUCUGGCCUGGCUGCCCUUGCCAAGGUGAGAACUGGUCUGGGUCUGGUCUGGGCUAACCUCUAGAACAACUGUUGUUGUGUACAAAAUCACAAUAUGUGCAGGCUUUUGGCCAAGCCCAGCACUAACACUUGCCUCUCCCUCUCUCUCUCCCUCCAGGUCGUGUUGUCUCUGGAGCGAGGUGUGUGGGCUCCCAACAUCCACUACAACAGCCCCAACACCGACAUCCCUGCCCUUAGUGAUGGCCGCCUCCGCGUCGUCAACGAGCCCAUACCAGUCCGUGGUGGCAUCGUUGGCAUCAACUCCUUCGGAUUUGGAGGCUCCAACGUUCAUGUGAUCCUCCGCCCCCCUUGUUUUGACAUCCCAAAAAACGUCAAAGCGCCCCCCAAGACCCCCUCUGAGUCCUCCCCAGUACCCAGGCUCCUCCAGGCCUGCGGGCGCACAGAGGAGGCUGUCUCUGCCCUCCUCAGCAAGGGGAAGGAACACUCGGGCGACAACAAUUUCCUGUGUCUGCUGAACGAGGUGUCCGGGGUGCCCACAGCGGGGAUGCCCUACAGGGGCUACGCUCUGAUUGGCUCCAAGGAUGAUGUCACAGAGGUGCAGAAGACUGAGGCCACGCCCAGACCGCUGUGGUACAUCUGCUCAGGUAAGCGAGAGGACGGGAUAGGAGAGGAAAUUAGAAGUUGCCUCUAACCACUGCUACAGGGUCAGAUGUAGCAUUUCUUCAAUCCCCAGCCUAAUGGUUAGUGUUAGGGUUGGGGGCAGGGUAAUGUGGUCCUGGAUCUGUGGUUAUGGGCAACUUCUAACUCGAGUGAUGAAAGCAGAGGGGUUUAAGAGAGAGGUUUGUGUGUGUGUGUGUGUAUAUCUCAGGUAUGGGCACCCAGUGGGGUGGGAUGGGCCGCAGUCUAAUGCAGCUGCCAGAGUUCCGGGAGUCCAUCUUGCGUUCGGACAAAGCAUUGAAGGUCACGGGGAUGUGUGUGUCCAGUCUGCUCAUGGAGGCCGAUGAGAGCACCUUCGAGGACACCGUCCAAGCCUUCGUAGGCCUCGCUGCCAUACAGGUACAGUGGAGCAGACAUCUUAACUAAGGGCAGAUCACCAUUUUUACAGAGGGAGGGACACCAUUUUAACUAAGCUUAGGGGGGAAAUGGCACUGAAACCAAAAGGCAAUAGGACUGUGUUGCCCUCCAAAGACCACACAAUGUCUCUGACAUAUCAAGGCUCCUAAAGUCAACCCCCUGUCUGUCCCCCUCUCAGAUCGCCCAGAUUGACCUGCUCCAGAAGCUGGGUCUGCAGCCGGACGGCAUUGUGGGCCACAGUGUUGGAGAGCUGGCCUGUGGCUAUGCAGACGGAUCCCUCAGUCACAGUGAGGCUAUCCUGGCAGCCUACUGGAGAGGGAGGUCCAUUAACGAGGCUAACCUGCCCCCCGGUGGCAUGGCUGCAGUCGGUAAGGACCAGAGAGUGAAGGUGUGUGCGUGCGAGAGAUACUGUGUGGGUGUUUUGAAUUGAGUUGGGUCUCUCUCUCUCUCUUGGUCUCUCUCUCUCUCAGGGCUGACCUGGGAAGAGUGUAAGGCACAAUGUCCUCAGGGUGUGGUUCCAGCCUGUCACAAUGCUGAAGACACUGUCACCAUAUCUGGCCCUGCGGUAACACAUUUUGGUCCAAAUCCCUGCAAUUGUAUCUAUCAUUAGCGUUAUACAUUAUGUCAAAGAUCCUUUCAUACUAUUGAGACCAAUUCUGUCUGUAACCUACAUUUCUGCCUGUGAAAACCAUACGCCUGAAACUGUGCACUUCUUUUCUGUAUGCAGGAGGCAGUGAGUAAGUUUGUAGCAGAGCUGAAGGACAGUGGUGUGUUUGCCAAGGAGGUUCGUAGUGCUGGUGUAGCCUUCCAUUCUUACUACAUGGCCUCCAUCGCUCCCGCCCUGCUGGCCGCUCUCAAGAGGGUAAGACAACGUGUCAAACACUGGAAACGUUUUGAACCAACGGGUUUUAACUGUCAAUUCAGGAGGAGAAUUUUAAACUACCUUCUUGAAUUGAAAUAUUCCCAUACACUAGAAAAUCAUUUGCCGAAUUGACUUACUUUCUCUCUCUCUCCUCCCCCUUUUGUAGGUGAUCAAGGAGCCUAAACAGAGGUCUGCCAGGUGGAUCAGUACAUCUAUCCCCCAGAAGGACUGGGACAGCCCGCUAGCUCUGUACUCCUCAGCAGAGUACCAUUGUAAUAACCUGGUCAGUCCUGUCCUCUUCCAAGAGGGCCUGAGCCUGGUGCCUGAUAACGCUGUGGUGGUGGAGAUAGCGCCACACGCUCUGCUACAGGUUAGUAUACACAGAAUAUAGAAACACACAGGAGGGGAGGGCUCCACUCAUUCACUACUGCUGCAGGUUAGUAUACACAGAAUAUAGAAACACACAGGAGGGGAGGGCUCCACUCAUUCACUACUGCUACAGGUUAGUAUACACAGAAUAUAGAAACACACAGGAGGGGAGGGCUCCACUCAUUCACUACUGCUGCAGGUUAGUAUACACAGAAUAUAGAAACACACAGGAGGGGAGGGCUCCACUCAUUCACUACUGCUGCAGGUUAGUAUACACAGAAUAUAGAAACACACAGGAGGGGAGGGCUCCACUCAUUCACUACUGCUGUGAAAACACAAACGCACUGUCUCAACAUGACUGCUUUCUCCUCUCAGAAACACACACACACACACCUGACAAAAAUGUAUGCACGUACUUAGCUGUUGUGGUCAUUAGUCUCUGUGUGAAACCUUGCUCUGUCUCCCCCUGCAGGCGAUCCUGAAGCGCAGCCUGAAGCCCACAUGUUCCAUCCUGCCCCUGAUGAGGAGAGGCCAUGCCAACAACCUGGAGUUCUUCCUCUCUCACAUUGGCAAGGUCUACAUGAACGGGUCAGGACCUGCUACUGACACACCACGCCUCUGAUGAUGUCAUCAUUAUGCAACUGAUGCUGUUCUAUUCUCCAAACCUAAUUCAGCUUUAAAACACAGCUUUAUCUGGUGUUCUUUUAAUGAAGACACCAGCUAUGUCGCAAUACUGCAAGAUGGCCUUCUGACCUUGCAGUUUACUCUUAUAAACUCUUAUGGCCCCUAGUACAAGCCAAAACAUGCAGGUCAAAUAUUUAGUUUUGAGUCCUAGAAAAGCUAUACUUGGGUCAGAUGUCUCAAUACCAAGCGUCUCUCCUUUGUGUCCAGGAUCAACGUGGACAGUAAGCAGCUGUACCCGCCUGUGGAGUACCCGGUGCCCGCGGGCACCCCUCUGAUCUCCCCCCUGGUGCAGUGGGACCACGCCCAGACCUGGGACGUACCCAAGGCUGAGGACUUCCCUGCUGGUUCUGGAGGAUCCACCUCAGCUACCAUCUAUAACAUUGGUGAGAGACAUGCAUACACCAAUACAGAAUACACACACACACAAACUUGUACGUAUGUACGCACACACACACAAAUCACACACACAGACACACAAACCACAUACAAACCACAUACACACACUAUCAGACAAUAACAGAGUUGAUCUCCUCUCCCCCUAGACAUGAACCCAGAGUCUCCGGACUACUAUAUGAUUGGCCACUGCAUUGAUGGGCGUGUCUUGUACCCGGCCACGGGUUACCUGGUGCUGGCCUGGAGGACCCUGAUUAGGAGCCUGGGAGUUGUCAUGGAAACCACCCCCGUCACCUUCGAGGACGUCACCAUCCACAGGGCCACCAUCUUACCCAAGACUGGUGAGAGAGGGACUGAGAAGGGUUUGAUCAUGGGUUGUCUGUUUGGGUUGUCAAUCUUUUGCUGUGGUUCAUUGCUGACCUUCAAUGUUCUCUCUCUCUCUCUCGCUCUUUUUUUUUUUUUUUUCUCUUCAGGUUUUUUUCUUUCUCUGUCCUCGUCUGGGUCGUUCUCACUCUCCUUCCACUUCAUCGUCUUCGAGGUCUCUGUCGUCAAUCCUGUGCUCUCAUCGUACUAUACUCUACUCUCCUAUAACAUCCAAGUCAAUCUCUUGAUACGUAAUCAACUGGUCUCUACAUCUCUUACAUUAUACUAGUGUAUAUGAUGCUCAUGUCAAUCGUGUACAUUAAUAAUGAACGUAGUGUAUAAUCAUUCAAUCAAUGUGUACUAAUAGAUAGUCACAACUAGUGAGAUCUCUGUACAUACACACCUUCUCCUUGGUCCUCCACAGUCUCUCACCUAUCCCAUGCUCUUCUCUGUCUGUGCAGGCAAGGUGAGCAUUCUGGAGGACUCUGCUCUGGACUCAUUUCGCUCUCAGAUCGGUAAGCCUGUCACUGGGGACGACGGUGACCCUAAACUGCGCCUGACGGCCCAUGACAUCUACAAGGAGCUCCGUCUCCGUGGUUACGACUACGGCAAGACCUUCCAGGGCAUCCUGGAGUCCAACAAUGCAGGUGUGUGUCUGUCAGAGAAAAAGUUUAGGCUUUGUGAAGGCCUACUUACUACUUGGUGGCUACUAAGAUGGCUAGUUUGUUGUAGUAAGUACUAUAAGUUGUUUUUCUCAGUCAUUGGUUGAUUCCCUCUGACUCUGCUCUAUCCCUGUCUCUGAUUGGCUGUAGGUGACAGUGGGAAGCUGCAGUGGACCGAUAACUGGGUGACCUUCCUGGACACCAUGCUGCAGAUGAUCGUGGUUGGCCUAUCAGGACGCAGCCUUCGCCUGCCCACGCGGAUCCGCUCUGUGUGUGUGGACCCCACCAUCCACCAGGAGAUGGUCUCUGACUACGCAGAGGGGAAGAAAGGUGUGGAAAAACACACACACACACACUCGACUCAAUAUGAAGUAUGUUUAUUUUUUUCUGACUGUCCCCCCCCCACCCCCCUCUCUCUCCAUCAUCCAGCUGUGGAUGUCCACGUCAGCCGUUGCCUUGACAACAUUGUGGCGGGCGGAGUACAGAUCUGCGGCCUCCACGCCACUGUGGCGCCGCGUCGUCAGCAGCAACAGAGCCCGCCCACCCUGGAGGAGUUUGUGUUCGUUCCCUACCUGGAGACAGAAUGCUUGUCAGCCAAUGACAAGCUGGGAGACCAACUUAAGAACUGCAAAGGUUAGAUGUCUACUUCCUGUUGACUUUAUCAUCCCAACAGUGAGAAAAUCGUUAGGCUUUCAGCUUCAAAUCCAAUCAAAUUUUAUUUGCCACAUGCGCUGAAUACAACAGGUGUAGACAUUACAGUGAAAUGCUUACUUACAAGCCCUUAACCAACAAUGCAUUUUUUAAGUAAAAAAAAUAAAAGCAAAUAACUAAAAAGCAGCAGUAAAAUAAAAUAACAGUAGGGAGGCUAUAUACAGGGGGGUACUGGUGCAGAGUCAAUGUGCGGGGGCACCGGCUAGUCGAGGUAAUUGAGGUAAUAUGUACAUGUGGAGUUAAAGUGACUAUGCAUAAAUAAUAAACAGAGUAGCAGCAGCGUAAAAGAGGGGGGUGGGUGGGGUUGGGGGGGCAGUGCAAAUAGUCUGGGUAGCAAUGAUUAGCUGUUCAGGAGUCUUAUGGCUUGAGGGUAGAAGCUGUUGAGAAGCCUUUUGGACCUAGACCGGUACCGCUUGCCGUGCGGUAGCAGAGAGAACAGUCUAUGACUAGGGUGGCUGGAGUCUUUGAAUUUUCAGGGGUUUCCUAUACCUGACACCGCCUGGUAUAGAGGUCCUGGAUGGCAGGAAGCUUGGCCCCAGUGAUGUACUGGGCCGUACGCACUACCCUCUGUAGUGCCUUGCGGUCGGAGGCCGAGCACUUGCCAUACCAGGCGGUGAUGCAACCAGUCAGGAUGCUCUCGAUGGUGCAGCUGUAGACCUUUUUGAGGAUCUGAGGACCCAUGCCAAAUCUUUUCAGUCUCCUGAGGGGGAAUAGGCUUUGUUGUGCCCUCUUCACUACUGUCUUGGUGUGUUUGGACCAUGAUAGUUUGUUGGUGAUGUGCACACCAAGGAACUUGAAGCUCUCAACCUGUUCCACUACAGCCCCGUCGAUGAGAAUGGGGGCGUGCUCAGUCCUCUUUUUUUUCCUGUAGUCCACAAUCAUCUCCUUUGUCUUGAUCAUGUUGAGGGAGAGGUUGUUAUCCUGGCACCACACGGCCAGGUCUCGGACCUCCUCCCUAUAGGCUGUCUCAUCGUUGUCGGUGAUCAGGCCUACCACUGUUGUGUCGUCAGCAAACUUAAUGAUGGUGUUGGUGUCGUGCCUGGCCAUGCAGUCAUGGGUGAACAGGGAGUACAGGAGGGGACUGAGCACGAACCCCUUAGGGGCCCCCGUGUUGAGGAUCAGCGUGGCAGAUGUGUUGUUACCUAUACUUACCACCUGGGGGCGGCCCGUCAGGAAGUCUAGGAUCCAGUUGCAGGAGGUGUUUAGUCACAGGAUCCUUAGCUUAGUGAUGAGCUUUGAGGGCACUAUGGUGUUGAACGCUGAGCUGUAGUCAAUGAACAGCAUUCUCACGUAGGUGUUCAUCUUGUCCAGGUGGGAAAGGGCAGUGUGGAGUGCAAUAGAGAUUGCAUCAUAUGUGGAUCUGUUGGGGCGGUAUGCAAAUUGGAGUGGGUUUAGGGUUUCUGGGAUAAUGGUGUUGAUUUGAGCCAUGACCAGCCUUUCAAAGCACUUUAUGGCUACAGACGUGAGUGCUACGGGUCGGUAGUCAUUUAGGCAGGUUAUCUUAGUGUCCUUGGGCACAGGGACUAUGGUGGUCUGCUUGAAACAUGUUGGUAUUACAGACUCAGUCAGGGACAUGUGGAAAAUGUCAGUGAAGACACUUGCCAGUUGGUCAGCACAUGCUCGGAGUACACGUCCUGGUAAUCCGUCUGGCCCUGCGGCCUUGUGAAUGUUGACCUGCUUAAAAGUCUUACUUACAUCGGCUACGGAGAGCGUAAUCACAUAGUCAUCCGGAACAGCUGGUGCUCUCAUGCAUGCUUCAGUGUUGCUUGCCUCGAAGCGAGCAUAGAAGUGAUUUAGCUCGUCUGGUAGGGUUGUGUCACUGGGCAGCUCGCGGCUGUGCUUCCUUUUGUAGUCUGUAAUCGUUUUCAAGCCCUGCCACAUCCAACGAGUGUCAGAGCUGGUGUAGUACGAUUCAAUCUUAGUCCGGUAUUGACUCUUUGCCUGUUUGAUGGUUCAUCAGAGGGCAUAGCGGGAUUUCUUUAUAAGCGUCCGGGUUAGAGUCCCACUCCUUGAAAGCGGCAGCUCUACCCUUUAGCUCAGUGUGGCUGUUGCCUGUAAUCCAUGGCUUCUGGUUGGAUUCCUCAAUGCUAUCUGAAGAAUCCCGGAACAUAUUCCAGUCUGUACUAGCAAAACAGUCCUGUAGCUUAGCAUCUGCAUCAUCUGACCACUUUUUUAUUAACUGAGUCACUGGUGCUUCCUGCUUUAGUUUUUGCUUAUAAGCAGGAAUCUGGAGGAUAGAGUUAUGGUCAGAUUUGCCAAAUGGAGGGCAAGGGAGAGCUUCGUAUGCGUCUCUGUGUGUGGAGUAAAGGUGGUCUAGAGUUUUUUUUUUUUCCUGUGGUUGCACAUUUAACAUGCUGGUAGAAAUGAGGUAGAACGGAUUUAAAAUCACAGUUAACAUUUAAAAAAAGGUAUGGCCACCCCUACCUAAACAACCCCUACCUGUACAACUCCUACCUAUACAACCCCUACCUAUACAGCAUGCAUAUAAUACUAAAAAUAAUCACAAAGGGUUAAAGAAGUCUAAAUUGAUUCCUUUUUAAAUAAAUGUUCUGCCCAUGCAUCUCUCCAGGUCUGAUCCACAAGCUGCAGAAGAAGCUGGCUCCUCAGGGCGUCAAGCUCUCCAUCCCUGGUCUAGAUGGGUGUGUCUGACCCUGCUGUACCCAGCCCAGAGCCCUCUGAGCCUGGCUUGCUGCGGCUGCUGUCCCUGCUGUGUGGUCUGGAGCUGAACGGUAACCUGCGGUCAGAGCUGGAGAAGACUGUUGAGAAGGAGAGGGGUUGUCUCCUCCAGGACCCCCUGAUACAUGGCUUACUGGACAGCCCAGCCCUCAGACACUGUCUGGACACAGCCCUGGAGAACACUACCCCUGGGAAGAUCAAAGUCCUGGAGGUGAGCUGGACUCGUGCUUCCAAAGCAUUGGUCUGGGGACAUGAUAAAGACAUUUAACUAGAAGAAAGUGACAAACCAAACGUAUUUGAAUGAUUCUGAACACACGCUAGCUCUUUAGGACGUCACUGACACAGGGCUAACUCCUAGACCAACAGACACUCCUCUCUAACCCGGCUCUGUCUCUUCCCCCUCAGGCUCUCUCCAGCGACGGUCGUCUCUUCUCCCGCGCCGUGCCCCUCCUCAACAUCCAGCCCAUGCUCCGCCUCGACUACGUUGCCACGGCAACAACCCUCGACCUCCUGACCCCCCACCAGACCACCCUGGAUGCCCUGGGGGUCACCGCGGCGCAGUGGGACCCCCACCAGGGCCCCGUGCCCGGGGGAGCAGUCGGAGGGGCUGAUCUGGUGGUGUGUAACCACGCCUGGGGGCCCCUCGGGGGCCGGGGCAGAGGUGGUGGUGGGGAACCUGGCCUCGGGGGCCAAGGAGGGGGGCUUUGUGAUGCUCCACACCCUACUGAAGGGAGAGACGCUAGCAGAGACGGUGGCCUUCCUCACCUCCAAGGACAGCCAGGCCAACCAUCAGAGACUGUUCUCACAGGUCAGUCACACUGCAGUGGAAAUCAGAAGCCAAGACCUAUUCUUAGCCCUUAGCUACCCUUCAAGUAUUAUAGCGGGGCUCUAUCAGCUUCAGACAGUCUUUAGUGAGGAUCCAUAAAUCUGUGACCGUUCUCUCAGUGAUGACCUGUUAUGAUAUCUAAUGCUGCUGUUAUUGUCCUCCUCUUCUCUAGGCUGAGUGGGAGACGGCGUUCUCUGAUACGUCUCUCAACUUGGUGGCUGUCAGGAAGUCCUUCUAUGGCUCCGCCCUAUUCCUGUGUCGCCGUCGGUUACCCAGCAAACAGCCCAUCUUCCUACCUGUGGACAGCAUGGACUACCAGUGGGUGGACACACUCAAGGUGAGGAAAACGUGUGACUCUGUGUUAACUGCUUAUUAAGUGCUUAUAAGCCUUUAUAACUGUGUCUCUCCCCCUGUCAGGCGACGCUGGCUGAGCCCUCAGACUCUCCGGUCUGGCUGACUGCUACCCAGACCCACUCUGGGGUGGUGGGCAUGGUCAACUGUCUACGCCAGGAGCCUGGUGGCAACCGCGUACGGUGAGACUAAAGCCUGGUCUGAAACAACCCCUCACCUCUUUCCCUAGACACUUGGAUUGGUAUUAGAAGCACAGUUGUGUAUGUCUUAAAAGAUGUGUAUAUAUUAGAAAGGUAAUAGCUUGGCUGUGAAUCAUACAGUACAAUGAAUGGAAGACUAAAGCUGUACCUCUGUCCUCAUCUCUACUCUCUCUCUCUCUCUCCAGGUGUGCGUUUGUGUCCAACCUGUGUGAGUCCUCUGCGGUGCCCACCCUGCAGCCUACCCAUAGUUCCAUGAGGUCUGUGCUGGAGGGAGACCUGUGUAUGAACGUGUUCAGGGAUGGACAGUGGGGAGUCUUCAGACACCAGCUCAUCUCUCAGGGUACGACAACCACACCACCAUCUCCCCUCUCUCUCUUGUUCUUGCUCUAGCAAGAUCUGAAAAGUUGCACCCAAUGAGAUAUCUUGAGACAAAAUUCUCACAUUCCAUCAUUGCAUAGGAGCUUGAUGAUAUAAUUGCAAGAAAGUGCUUCCCUAAUGAUGAAACACUAGAACAGCUGAUGUCAGACUAGCCCUAGGCUCAAGAAUAUGCUGAUAAAACGUUCAUCUUGGACAAUGAGUUCCAAAUCCUCUGUUCAUCAUGCUACAAAGCUUAACAUCUCUCCUCUCCCCUCAGAUCUGAGUGAGGAGUUGACAGAGCAGGCGUACGUUAACGUGUUGACCCGCGGUGACCUCUCCUCCCUGCGUUGGAUCGCCUCGCCCCUCCGUCAUUUUGUGGCGAGCAGCCCCAACGUGCAGCUGUGUCGCGUCUACUACAGCUCCCUGAACUUCAGAGACAUCAUGCUGGCCACCGGGAAACUCCCACCGGACGCCAUCCCAGGUACACACAUCAUUUUGGAGACAAAUGCACAGGGAAACUCGCCCACACAGCCAGGUUUACACACACACACCCACAACAACCUCACCACCCUCCCCUCCUCUCCCUCUGUAGGUGACCUGGCCCUGCAGCAGUGCAUGUUGGGUAUGGAGUUCUCAGGUCGAGACCCCAGCGGUAGGCGUGUGAUGGGGCUGCUGCCUGCUAAAGGCCUGGCCACCUGCGUCGACGCUGACACACGCUUCCUCUGGGACGUCCCAGACAGCUGGUGAGGCACUACGGACGAUCCCAAAUGGCACCCUAUUCCCUAUGCACUUGAGUAGGAGUGCUGAUCUUGGAUCAGUAGGAGCAUUUUAAAUCAUAAUAAAUAAGGGGGGGGGAACCCUGAUCCUAGAUCAGCACUCCUAUAAUUUGUGAAUACAGAGCCACAUAGGACUUCGUACCUUCAGGCUCUGAUCAGUCCCUACACCCAAACGAGGGCAUUGCGUUCAUCCACCUCUGGCCUGCUGGCUCCCCUUCCUCUGCGGAAGCACAGCUCCCACUCAGCCCAGUCAAAACUGUUCGCUGCUCUGGCACCCCAAUGGUGGAACAAGCUCCCUCACGACGCCAGGACAGCGGAGUCACUCACCACCUAACAGGAGACACUUGAAACCCCACCUCUUUAAGGAAUACCUGGGAUAGGAUAAAGUAAUCCUUCUACCCCCCCUUACCCCACCCCAAAGAAAAAAUAAAUAAAAAUAAGAAAUAUUGUAAAGUGGUUGUCCCACUGGCUAUCAUAAGGUGAAUUACACCAAUUUGUAAGUCGCUCUGGAUAAGAGCGUCUGCUAAAUGACGAAAAUGUAAAUAUAAAAUGUAAAUGGACAAAAAAAUAUCAGUGAUGUUCUGGGAACGGACGACCUAUUUACUGGUGACGUCUAGCCUUCUGACUAAGUUAUGGUUAGUAACUUAAGUGUUCCCUCUCUCUCUCUAGGACCCUGGAGCAGGCGGCGUCGGUGCCGGUGGUCUACGCUACAGCCUACUAUUCGCUGGUGGUACGAGGCAGGCUCCGCCCAGGCGAGAGUGUUCUCAUCCACUCAGGGUCAGGGGGCGUCGGCCAGGCUGCCAUCGCCAUCGCACUCAGUCAGCGCUGUACGGUUUUCACUACUGUUGGUGAGUACCAGAGACCACACACACUCAGCCUGUUAAUGUCAGGUGUGUCAGUGCAUUUAGCUAUAGAUGUCUCUCUGUAACCUGUGUUUGUGUUCUGUCUCAGGAUCAGCAGAGAAGCGUGCCUACCUACAGGAGCGUUUCCCCCAGCUCACCGCUGAGUCCUUCGGCAACUCUAGAGACGCCACCUUCGAACAGCACGUCCUGCUACACACACAGGGAAAAGGUUAGACACACACUUUAAAUAUCCAAACUUGGCUCACACAAAACACUUCAACUAUACACACCCAACAUGUCACUGAACUAUCAAAAUAUGCAGUUGUACCUUGCACACAUGUUCCCUAUAUUAAGCCAUCAAAUCCAGCCUCCCUCACAUUCAUACGCCAUUUAGCAGAUGCUUUUAUCUAAAGUGACUUACAGUCGUGCGUGCACACAUUUUACGUAUUGGUGGCCCCAGCGGGAAUUGAACCCACAACCCUUGGCGUUGCACGCACCAUGCUCUACUGACGGAACCAAAAAAGGACCACUUAAAUGGUGUUGCGUAUCCUGGAUGUCUCUGUGUUUAGGAGUGAACAUGGUGUUGUGUAUCCUGGAUGUCUCUGUGUUUAGGAGUGAACAUGGUGUUGUGUAUCCUGGAUGUCUCUGUGUUUAGGAGUAAACAUGGUGUUGUGUAUCCUGGAUGUCUCUGUGUUUAGGAGUAAACAUGGUGUUGUGUAUCCUGGAUGUCUCUGUUUAGGAGUAAACAUGGUGUUGUGUAUCCUGGAUGUCUCUGUGUUUAGGAGUGAACAUGGUGUUGUGUAUCCUGGAUGUCUCUGUGUUUAGGAGUAAACAUGGUGUUGUGUAUCCUGGAUGUCUCUGUGUUUAGGAGUAAACAUGGUGUUGUGUAUCCUGGAUGUCUCUGUGUUUAGGAGUAAACAUGGUGUUGAACUCCCUGGCUGAGGAGAAGCUGCAGGCAAGUCUUCGCUGUCUGGCCCGACACGGACGCUUCCUGGAGAUCGGCAAAUACGACCUGUCCAACAACUCCCCGCUGGGUCAGUACACAGCACUGCAACUGCUCUCUCCAUGGCAGCCAUUUUGUGCCUGACUCACUGUGCCACUGCAGCUGAUCUUUAGCCGUAAUGUCUGACAUGCGUCCCUGUUUCCCUCAGGAAUGGCUCUCUUCCUGAAGAACGUGGCAUUCCACGGGAUCCUAUUGGACGCCCUGUUUGAGGAGGGAAACAGGGAGUGGGAGGAGGUGUCCCAGCUGCUGAAGGAGGGCAUUGUGGGAGGUGUAGUCAAGCCCCUGAGGACUACAGUGUUUGAGAGAGACCAGGUGGAGGAGGCCUUCCGAUACAUGGCCCAGGGAAAACACAUCGGCAAAGUCCAGCUGCAGGUCAGUCACUCUACCAUUUCUACUCUUUCCUUAGCUUCUUUUUUUUCUCCCUCACAAAAACAAAAGCUUUUUUCAUUUCCUCAAACGUUGCUUUUGCUUCACUUGUUCUCUUCACUUUUCACCUUCCUUUUCCUCUCUACACGACUCUACUUAUUAAAACAUAUUACACUUUUAUCACAUUGUUAUAACACAGUUAUUGCUACUAAUCAGACUUAUCACUGUUUUUAAUUCUAGUCAGAUUUCUGUGUUGUAUCUUACGUUGCUCUCUUUCUCUCUAGGUGCGUUCUGAGGAGAUGGGUAAUGGUACCCAGCCGAUGGGCUCACCCCUCUCCCUCCCCGCCAUCUGCCGUACCUUCUGCCCCACCUCCCACUCUUACAUCAUCACUGGGGGACUGGGUGGCUUCGGGCUGGAGCUCGCCCAUUGGCUGACGGAGAGAGGCGCCCGCAAACUGGUGCUCACCUCCAGAUCGGGCAUCCGCAACGGUAAGAGAGAGACAAGAACUCACAACUUUUACUUGCAUGGCUAACUAGGUUAGUACUCUCCCAUUUUGAUGUGUGCUGUGUUGUAAAGCCAUUAUGUUGUUACAUUAGCUACACACUGUUGAUUUGUUUGUGACAGUCCAGUCACCUUUGUUAUUGUCGGUUCAUGUUGCUAGGUUACCAGGCGAAGCGCGUGCGUGAGUGGCAGGGGAUGGGCGUGCAGGUGCUGGUGUCCACCAGUGAUGUCAGCACCCAGGAGGGGGCGGAGCAACUCAUCAACGAGGCCUGCAGGCUGGGGCCUGUGGGAGGAGUCUUUCACCUCGCCAUGGUAACGCCCCCCUCCUACCUGUACACUGUUCUCACCUGUCUUAACCUGUCUCUCUUUAUAACCUGUCUCUCUCACCUGUCCCUGUUUCACCAGUCUUAACCUGUCUCUCUUUAUAACCUGUCUCUCUCUAACCUCUCUCUCUUUCUCUCUAACCGGUUUCUCUCUCUAACCAGUCUCUCUAUAACCUGUAUCUGUCUAACUUGUCUGUGUGUGUACCAGGUGUUGAAGGAUGGGAUGCUAGAGAAUCUGACUCCUCAGCUGUUCCUGGAUGUCAACAAACCCAAAUAUAACGGCACCCUCCACCUGAACAAGUGAGGGGACAUUCUCCAGCCUGAUAUAGUGCUAUCCUCAACCUUGGCUCUGCCUCGCUUCCCUCGGAAGAGAGUCAAAUUAGUUUGGUUUGAAUUUAAGUUAAAAUCCAAGACAAUGGUUGAAAAACAAGAAUAAUAUAUAUUUUAGAGCAACAAAUAUUUGAGACCCAAAAACCCACAUGAUCACAUUUUGGAGACAAAAUGAAUGUCUCAUUUAUGUUUCUUUUUUCUCCUCAGGGUGACCAGAAAGAUGUGUCCAGACCUCAGCUACUUCGUAGCCUUCUCCUCUGUGAGCUGCGGCCGUGGCAACGCCGGCCAAAGUAACUAUGGUUACGCCAACUCUGCCAUGGAGCGUGUGUGUGAGCAGCGGCGCCACGAUGGCCUGCCCGGAUUGGCUGUCCAGUGGGGCGCCAUUGGCGAUGUGGGCGUUGUCCUGGAGACCAUGGGCGGUAACGACGUGGUGGUGGGUGGGACUCUCCCGCAGCGCAUCACUUCCUGUCUGGAGGUGCUGGACCGCUUCCUGUGCGAGCGUCGUCCGGUGAUGUCGAGCUUCGUGCUGGCAGAGAGGAGCGUGGUGAAGAGUGAAGGAACAGGACAGAGAGACCUGGUGGAGGCUGUUGCUCAUAUACUGGGUAAGAGAGUGGUUCCAUUCUGGUUUUCUAGAAGUCGUGCUUACUGCCAUCUGAUUUCGGGAAUCUUACAACUGGGAUUUCUGGAAAACCUGGGAAUUUUGGGAAAGUUACCAGAAUUGUGCAUCCCUAAUUUGGUAUGUAUUCAUCAUGUGUGUUUCAUGUAACUUCUCACCCUCCCUCUCUCAGGUGUACGUGAUGUCAGCAGCCUGAACGCUGACGCCUCAUUGGCUGAUCUGGGACUAGACUCUCUGAUGGGCGUGGAAGUGCGUCAGACACUGGAGCGCGACUACGACAUCGUCAUGGCGAUGAGGGAGAUCCGACAACUCACCAUCAACAAGCUCCGAGAGCUGUCCAGCCAACCGGCAGGAACAACAGGUGUGUGUUGUGUGUGUGUGUGUGUGUGUUUGUAUGUGUGUGUGUUUCAUGGGCUAAUGUCUCCCUCUCUCUCUCUCCAGAGUCCCAUCAGUCUCCAGUGAAGAAGGGAGGAGUUCGUUCUCUGUUGGAGUCAGACCUCAGUUUGAUGCUGGUCAACCCAGACGGCCCCACGGUCUCGCGUCUCAACGAGGUGCAGAGUGCUGAGCGCCCGCUGUUCCUGGUCCACCCUAUAGAGGGCUCCAUCGCUGCCUUCCGCACGCUCACCGCCAAGCUCAGUGUUCCCUGCUAUGGCCUGGAGUGCACUAAAGGUACACACUAAGAAAUACACACACUAAGAAAUACACACACUAAGAAAUACACAUACAUACAUGCGCGCGCACACACACAAAUAUACAUACACAAACUCCCUCCUCUUUCACACACAGUAAUACUGAUACAGUCACACUGAUACAGUCAUACUGACAGUCACACUGAUAGUCACACACAGUCUCAUUCUAAAGUUGUAAACUUGAUGUAAACGACUGAAACCAUCCAUCUCCCCCUCAUCUCUCUAGCUGCUCCUUUGGACAGUAUCCAGUCUCUGGCUACAUACUAUGUGGAUUGUAUACGUCAGGUACGUAAUAUACUAACAACAACUUUAUUUGUAAUGCUACAUUUACAUACAUGAUAGAUUCAUUAGUGAUUUAUAAAUAACUGUCUGUUUGUGUAUAGGUGCAAUCAGAGGGUCCGUACCGGAUCGCGGGAUACUCCUUUGGGGCUUGCGUGGCGUUUGAGAUGUGUUCUCAGCUGCAGGCCCAGGGUAGAACCGUAGAGUACCUCUUCCUCUUCGACGGAUCACACUCCUAUGUCGCUGCUUACACGCAGGUGAGCGCUUACACACACACACGGAUACAGACACACACACGGAUACAGACACACACACGGAUACAGACACACACACGGAUACAGACACACAUACGGAUACAGACACACACGGAUACAGACACACACACGGAUACAGACACACAUACGGAUACAGACACACACGGAUACAGACACACACACGGAUACAGACACAUACGGAUACAGACACACAUACGGAUACAGACACACACAGAUACAGACACAUCGGUGAUACGUAUGUGUGUACAUACUGACACACACAGAUGACAGGUUAACAGGAUGUACAUGUACACAGAGGCUCUCUGAAACGUUCAUACUCAGUUCCCUCACAGUGAACUCUACUUCAACACUCCAAACCUCAUGAUUAACCAUAGUGUAGUGUUAGAAUACCAACAUUAACCAUAGUGUAGUGUUAGAAUACCAACAUUAACCAUAGUGUAGUGUUAGAAUACCAACAUUAACCAUAGUGUAGUGUUAGAAUACCAACAUUAACCAUAGUGUAGUGUUAGAAUACCAACAUUAACCAUAGUGUAGUGUUAGAAUACCAACAUUAACCAUAGUGUAGUGUUAGAAUACCAACAUUAACCAUAGUGUAGUGUUAGAAUACCAACAUUAACCAUAGUGUAGUGUUAGAAUACCAACAUUAACCAUAGUGUAGUGUUAGAAUACCAACAUUAACCAUAGUGUAGUGUUAGAAUACCAACAUUAACCAUAGUGUAGUGUUAGAAUACCAACAUUAACCAUAGUGUAGUGUUAAAAUACCAACAUUAACCGUAGUGUUAGAAUACCAACAUUAACCAUAGUGUAGUGUUAGAAUACCAACAUUAACCAUAGUGUAGUGUUAGAAUACCAACAUUAACCAUAGUGUAGUGUUAGAAUACCAACAUUAACCAUAGUGUAGUGUUAGAAUACCAACAUUAACCAUAGUGUAGUGUUAGAAUACCAACAUUAACCAUAGUGUAGAGAUAGAAUACCAACAUUAACCAUAGUGUAGUGUUAGAAUACCAACAUUAACCAUAGUGUAGUGUUAGAAUACCAACAUUAACCAUAGUGUAGUGUUAGAAUACCAACAUUAACCAUAGUGUAGUGUUAGAAUACCAACAUUAACCAUAGUGUAGUGUUAGAAUACCAACAUUAACCAUAGUGUCGUGUUAGAAUACCAACAUUAACCAUAGUGUCGUGUUAGAAUACCAACAUUAACCAUGGUGUAGUGUUAAAAUACCAACAUUAACCAUAGUGUAGUGUUAAAAUACCAACAUUAACCGUAGUGUUAGAAUACCAACAUUAACUAUAGUGUAGUGUUAGAAUACCAACAUUAACCAUAGUGUAGUGUUAGAAUACCAACAUUAACCAUAGUGUAGUGUUAGAAUACCAACAUUAACCAUAGUGUAGAGAUAGAAUACCAACAUUAACCAUAGUGUAGUGUUAGAAUACCAACAUUAACCAUAGUGUAGUGUUAGAAUACCAACAUUAACCAUAGUGUAGUGUUAAAAUACCAACAUUAACCAUAGUGUAGUGUUAAAAUACCAACAUUAACCGUAGUGUUAGAAUACCAACAUUAACCAUAGUGUAGUGUUAGAAUACCAACAUUAACCAUAGUGUAGUGUUAGAAUACCAACAUUAACCAUAGUGUAGUGUUAGAAUACCAACAUUAACCAUAGUGUAGUGUUAGAAUACCAACAUUAACCAUAGUGUAGUGUUAGAAUACCAACAUUAACCAUAGUGUAGUGUUAGAAUACCAACAUUAACCGUAGUGUUAAAAUACCAACAUUAACCAUAGUGUAGUGUUAGAAUACCAACAUUAACCAUAGUGUAGUGUUAGAAUACCAACAUUAACCAUAGUGUAGUGUUAGAAUACCAACAUUAACCAUAGUGUAGUGUUAGAAUACCAACAUUAACCAUAGUGUAGUGUUAGAAUACCAACAUUAACCAUAGUGUAGUGUUAGAAUACCAACAUUAACCAUAGUGUAGUGUUAGAAUACCAACAUUAACCAUAGUGUAGAGAUAGAAUACCAACAUUAAGUCAUUUUCCUUUCAGAGCUACAAAUCCAAGCUGACCCCUGGUAAAGAGUCGGAGGCAGAGACUGAAGCUAUGUGUGCCUUCAUCCAGCAGUUUACUGGCAUCGAGUACAACAAGGUACAACACUUUGCAACACUUUAAUUACAGUUGAAGUCGGAAGUUUACAUACACUUAGGUUGGAGUCAUAAACUGGUUUUUCAACCACUCCACAAAUUUCCUGUUAACAAACUAUAGUUUUGGCAAGUCGGUUAGGACAUUUACUUUGUGCGUGACACAAGUAAUUUUUCCAACAAUUGUUUACAGACAGAUUAUUUCACUUAUAAUUCAUUGUAUCACAAUUCCAGUGGUUCAGAAGUUUACAUACACUAAGUUGACUGUGCCUUUAAACAGCUUUAAAAAAUCCAGAAAAUUAUGUCAUGGCUUUAGAAGCUUCUGAUAUGCUAAUUAACAUCAUUUGAGUCAAUUGGAGGUGUACCUGUGGAUGUAUUUCAAGGCCUACCUUCAAACCCAGUGCCUCUUUGCUUGACAUCAUGGGAAAAUCAAAAGAAAUCAGCUAAGACCUCAGAAUUUUUUUUGUAGACCUCCACAAGUCUGGUUCAUCCUUGGGAGCAAUUUCCAAACACCUGAAGGUACCACGUCCAUCUGUAGAAACAAUAGUACGCAAGUAUAAACACCAUGGGACCACGCAGCCGUCAUACCGCUCAGGAAGGAGCUCCUAGAGAUGAAUGUACUUUGGUGCGAAAAGUGCAAAUCAAUCCCAGAACAACAGCAAAGGACCUUGUGAAGAUGCUGGAGAAAACAGGUACAAAAGUAUCUAUAUCCACAGUAAAACGAGUCCUAUAUCGACAUAACCUGAAAGGCUGCUCAGCAAGGAUGAAGCCACUGCUCCAAAACCGCCAUAAAAAGCCAGACUACAGUUUGCAACUGCACAUGGGGACAAAGAUCGUACCUUUUGGAGAAAUGUCCUCUGGUCUGAUGAAACAAAAAUAGAACUGUUUGGCCAUAAUGACCAUCGGUAUGUUUGGAGGAAAAAGGGGGCGGCUUGCAAGCCGAAGAACACCAUCCCAACCGUGAAGAACGGGGGUGGCAGCAUCAUGCUGUGGGGAUGCUUUGCUGCAGGAGGGACUGGUGCACUUCACAAAAUAGAUGGCAACAUGAGGAAGGAAAAUGAUGUGGAUAUAUUGAAGCAACAUCUCAAGACAUCAGUCAGGAAGUUAAAGCUUGGUUGCAAAUGGGUCUAACAAAUGGACAAUGACCCCAAGCAUACUUCCAAAGUUGUGGCAAAAUGGCUUAAGGACAACAAAGUCAAGGUAUUGGAGUGGCCAUCACAAAGCCCUGACCUCAAUCCUAUAGAAAAUGUGUGGGUAGAACUGAAAAAGCGUGUGCGAGCAAGGAGGCCUACAAACCUGACUCAGUUACACCAGCUCUGUCAGGAGGAAUUUUUACUAGGAUUAAAUGUCAGGAAUUGUGAAAAACUGAGUUUAAAUGUAUUUGGCUAAGGUGUAUGUAAACUUCCGACUUCAACUGUAUAUACACUAUAUAUGUAUACUUUCAUUUAUUUUCAUUUGGCCCUCUCUCUUUUUCUCCUUCUCUCUCUGUUCCCCUCUCCCUCUAUCCCCCUCUCUCUCUCUCUGUACCCCCCCUCAUUCUCCCUCUUUCUCUACCCCCUCUCUCAAUUUCAAUGUUCAAUUUAAGGGCUUUAUUGGCAUGGGAAACGUAUGUUAACAUUGCCAAAGCAAGUGAAGUAGAUAGUAAACAAAAGUGAAAUAAACAAUAAAUAUUAACAGUAAACAUUACACUCAGAAGUUCUAAAAGAAUAAAGACAUUUCAAAUGUCAUUAUGUGUAUAUAUACAGUGUUGUUAAAAUGUGCAAAUAGUUAAAGUACAAAUGGGAAAAUAUAUAAACAUAAAUAUGAGUUGUAUUUACAAUGGUGUUUGUUCUUCACUGGUUGCCCUUUUCUUGUGGCAACAGGUCACACAUCUUGCUGCUGUGAUGGCACACUGUGGUAUUUCACCCAGUAGAUAAGGGAGUUUAUCAAAAUUGGGUUUGUUUUCGAAUUAUUUGUGGGUCUGUGUAAUCUGAGGGAAAUAUGUGUCUCUAAUAUGGUCAUACAUUUGGCAGGAGGUUAGGAAGUGCAGCUCAGUUUCCACCUCAUUUUGUGGGCAGUGUGCACGAAUCCUGUCUUCUCCAGGUCGGCCUACGGCGGCCUUUUUCAAUAGCAAGGCUAUGCUCACUGAGUCUUUACAUAGUCAAAGCUUUCCUUAAUUUGGGGUCAGUUACAGUGGUCAGGUAUUCUGCCACUGUGUGCUCUCUGUUUAGGGCCAAAUAGCAUUCCAGUUUGCUCAGUGUUUUUGGUAAAUUCUUUCCACUGUGUUAAGUAAUUAUCUUUUUGGUUUUCUCAUGAUUUGGUUGGGUCUAAUUGUUUUGCUGUCUUGGGGCUCUGUGGGGUCUGUUUGUGUUUCUGAACAGAGCCCCAAGACCAGCUUGCUUAGGGGACUCUUCUCCAGGUUAAUCUCUCUGUAGGUGAUGGCUUUGUUAUGGAAGGUUUGGGAAUCAUUUCCUUUUAGGUGGUGGUAGAUUUUUAACGGCUCUUUUCUGGAUUUAAUAAUUAGCGGGUAUCGGCCGAAUUCUGCUCUGCAUGCAUUAUUUGGUGUUUUAUGUUGUACACAAAGGAUAUUUUUGCAGAAUUCUGCAUGCAGUCUCAAUUUGGUGUUUGUCCCAUUUUGUGAAUUCAUGGUUGGUGAGUGGACCCCAGACCUCACAACCAUAAAGGACAAUGGGUUCUAUAACUGAUUCAAGUAUUUUUUAGCCAGAUCCUAAUUGGGAUGUCGAAUGUUAUGUUCCUUUUGAUGGCGUAGAAGGCCCUCUUGCCUUGUCUCUCAGAUCGUUCACAGCUUUGUGGAAGUUGCCUAUGGUGUUGAUGUUUAGGCUGAGGUGUGUGUAUACAUCGUUUUUAUGUGCUCUAGGGCAAUGGUGUCUAGAUGGAAUUUGUAUUUGUGGUCCUGACAACUGGACCCUUUUUGGAACACCAUUAUUUUUGUCUUACUGAGGAUUACUGUCAGGGCCUAGGUCUGACAGAAUCUGUGCAGAAGAUCUAGGUGCUGCUGUAGGCCUUCCUUGGUUGGUGACAGAAGCACCAGAUCAUCAGCAAACAGUAGACAUUUGACUUCAGAUUCUAGUAGGGUGAGGCCGGGUGCUGCAGACUGUUCUAGUGCCCUCGCCAAUUGGAUGAUAUAUGUAUGUUGAAGAGGGUGGAGCUCAAGCUGCAUCCCUGUCUCACACCACGGCCCUGUGGAAAGGAAUGUGUGUUUUUUGCCAAUUUUAACUUCACACUUGUUGUUUGUGUACAUGGAUUUUAUAAUGUAUGUUUUUCCCCCAACACCACUUUCCAUCAAUUUGUAUAGCAGACCCUCAUGCCAAAUUGAGUCAAAAGCUUUUUUGAAAUCAACAAAGCAUGAGGAGACUUUGCCUUUGUUUUGGUUUGUUUCUUUGUCAAUUAGGGUGUGCAGGGUGAAUACGUUGUCUGUCGUACAGUAAUUUGGUAAAAAGGCAAUUUUGAUAUUUGCUCAGUAUAUUGUUUUCACUGAGGAAAUGUACGAGUCUGCUGUUAAUUAUAACCCUAAUUGACCUAUUAUAACCCCUCCCCCCACCUCUUUCUAGUUGUUGGAGACCCUCCUCCCUCUGUCUGAUCUGAAGGCCCGUGUCAACAUGGCGGUGGACCUCAUCACCUCCAGCCAUAAGAACGUCAGUAAAGACUCCCUGCGAUUCGCCGCCGCCACAUUCUACUACAAACUCAAGGCUGCCGACAGUUACAUUCCAGCAACCAAAUACCAUGGCAACGUCACCCUGCUCCGCGCCAAGGCCAGCAGUGACUACGGAGACAACCUGGGGGCUGACUACAAACUGAGCGAGGUGAUUGCACGUGCGCACACACAACACACACACACACACACACACUUACACACAAACAUCUUCUAUAAUAACAGGCUUUGUUUCUCCCCAGGUGUGUGAUGGUAAGGUGUUGGUCCACGUCAUUGAGGGAGACCACCGCAGCUUCCUUGAAGGAGAAGGGGUGGAGUCUAUCAGCAGCAUAAUCCACAGCACAUUGGCCGAGCCACGCAUCAGUGCCCGAGAGGGUUAGACCAGUCCCGCCCAUUCACAGCCCUCUCCCAUCAUGAAAUCUUAACCCCAUUGGUCAAUACAUAUAAUGGACGCAACCCUCAACCUAUUAAAGCUCUUGGCUCGCUGCCACAGGGUAUGUUCCCAUGGGAACAAAACGUGCUGUAUGUAAUGCUACCAAUAAUGUCUUCUCUUUUUAUUUUUUAAAAUCUUGUCUCUUCAUCAUGUUUUGAAUGGUAGAAUAAGUCUCCAUACUGAUAAUCCUGCUACAACUGGAAACCCGCUGGCUCAACCCUAUAGCUAGCCUAGCAUGUGAGCCUUGCUGUGUUGCCAACUGACUAGUGACUAGAUAACCUACCUAGCUGCUGUGUUAUGAUCCUGCUAAAGGGUGUGUCGUUACCUUGGUGAUAAAGCUGUGUGGAUGGACCCUUUACCUACUCAUUGUGUGUUUGUGCGUGUAUGUGCAUGUUUUAUUGUAUGCCAAACCCUAACAGUGCCCAAAUGAUGCAGACAUGGGUCUGUUCCUCCAGGACAUAGCCUCCUGUCUCUCACAUGUCUUUCAUCUGUUCAAGCUCUGUACCUGUUACCAGGAAGUUGACAUUGUUACAUGGUUGUCUGUGUCUGGGGAAGUUUUAUUUUCUGUUUGUAUUGCAUCAGGGUUUGUUUACCAGCUUUGGUCAGAAGUUGAGUUAAGAUCCCUAUUUUAGUAGAUUUUGAUGUUUGUUUUGUUUCCUUGUAGAGAUACAGUGGCUGAUGUAGUGUUGUUACACUGAUCCACUUAAGGUAGGUUCACACAGUGAAAUGCAGAAGACUCCCCAACUUGACAACUAAAGGUCUUACUGUCGCUACAAGGAAAUUGAUCAAGUGUUUGACUGAUACCAUAUUUGAUCAAGUUAAUAACUUUAUUACCUAUUCAGCUGUUUACUGGAAAUAAGACUC